AUAGAUGCACAAAAAAACGUUGCUUCAAUAGUAUUCACUGAGCACUUAGGCUCACAGUCGUGGUCGUAUUACUGAGUGUAUUCAGUGUACAUUACACUGUGUCAUCUGUGUUAAUUUGUCUAACUUGCUGGAAAACUUUUCCAUAUUGAAAUGUGAAAUUUUUAGUGCCUCAAUAAAAGAUUGUGUAUCUUAGAAAAUUGAGAACACAAUGAAAAAUAAAAAUACUUGAAAAAAAAAAAAGAAUCAUAAAUUAUUAUUUGUUGACUUGAAAAGAUUUCCAAAAAUCAUCACUUAUUUAUAUUAUUUAUAUAUAAAUGAGUUUUUAAUUCAAAGAAGGAAAAAGUUCAUUUCGUCUCUUUUCUACAAAAAAAUCUCGAGAUUUACAAGAUUAGUAAUCAGAGGUUAGUUCGUUUAACAAGUCGUGCAAAGUAAAAACAUAAUAAAUGAUAAUACAUAAUGCAAUACAGGAAAGCUAUCAGUUUCCUUAAGCGAAGCGAGGGAUUUAUUUUUUCGAACAGGACCAACCCAACGAUUUGCAAUUAUCCGAAAGUCUUAAUGAGUUCUGCCAAAAUGGAUAAACCUAAAAUCUUAAUUACACGACCAGACAUACCUAUUGCAGGUUUAUCUUUACUGCAUCAACGAUAUCAGACCAUAUUAUGGGACAAACCUGAACCGAUACCACGAUCAGAAUUAUUAUCUAGCAUUCGUGGAGUAGAUGCUCUGUAUUGUGUGUUAACGGAUAAGAUAGACGAUGAGGUUCUGAGAGCUGCAGGUCCACAAUUGAAAGUUGUAGCAUCUAUGUCAGUGGGUGUUGAUCAUCUAGAUUUAAAUGCCUUAAAGAAAAGAAAUAUUAGAGUUGGUUAUACUCCUGAUGUUCUGACUGAAGCAACUGCAGAAUUGAUAGUAGGUCUUUUAUUAGCCACAUCGAGGAAUUUAUUGCAAGCAAAUAAAGCAAUUUAUAAGGGCGAAUGGAAAACUUGGUCGCCGAGAUGGAUGUGUGGCACAGGGUUGUCAGGGAAAACUGUAGGAAUUGUCGGCUUAGGUAGAAUCGGCUUCAGGGUAGCAGAGCUGCUCAAAAGUUUCAACACUGCUAAAAUGUUGUAUACGAGCAAAGCAAUCAAACCGGAAGCGUCCAAAUUCGGUGGUGAAAAAGUUGAAUUUGACAUAUUACUCAAGAACAGUGACUUUGUCAUAGUGACCAUAGCUCUAACACCAGAAACGAAGCAUAUGUUUAAUACUGAGGCCUUCAAGCAAAUGAAAAAAACAGCUAUAUUCGUAAAUGGUAGUCGCGGAGACGUGGUGGAUCAAGAAGCGCUGAUAAAUGCUUUGAAGAGUGGCACAAUUGCAGCAGCUGGUUUAGAUGUUGUAACACCAGAACCAAUACCAUUAGAUAAUGAACUUUUAAAAUUAGAUAAUUGUGUGGUUCUUCCUCAUAUAGGAAGUGCUACCAUAGAGACUAGAGAUGAAAUGGCCAAAAUUACAGCGAGAAAUAUUAUAGCUGUCCUAGAGGGAACACCUGAAAAUAUGCCUGCACAACUUAAUUUGUAGCUAUAUACAUUAUUAAUAUGACUGAAAUGUAUAAUCUUGGUUUUUUUUAAAUAUUCAUAUUGUGAUAUAUAUUUAUAUGUGAUUUAUAUUUAAUUAUAUAUCAGAAUAGAGAAUCAAUGAUAAACUUAUAUGAUUUAUAUAUUUAAUAACUUUAUUUUAUUAAGAAUUUAUAUAAUUUUUAUUUAAAAAUAUAUAUACUGGAGAAAUCAAUCUUUACAAAGAGUACAAAUUAAUAUAUUAAU